GAAGAAGACAAACAUCCGGGUUUUCUGUGCAAACAUGGCGGCGUCCGCGCUGAGCCAGCGAGCGGGUGUGUUUCUAAGAACUUUUAAGGCGUUGACGUCAUCUAAAGCCGCGGUUCCGGUGACCUGUCGGUGUGGCGCCUUGCUGCAGAGCGCCGGGUACAACCCGAAGCCGCUCCGGCUGAACCUCCGGGACCCGUACAUCCCCGAUAAGGACGACGAGAAGACCCCCGAGUGGCAGAAGACGGCUCGCUUCGACCGGAAGCUGUUCGGUCGCUACGGCUCCGCUUCGGGCGUCGACCCGGCGUCUCUGUGGCCGUCUCACCGGGAGUUAGAGGACAUGGUCGCCGAGGAGAGCCAGUGGCAUCCUCCGUUAGAGGUCAUGCUGAAGAACAUCGAGGCUAAAGCCGCGGAGGAAACGGCCAAGCGGCUAGCAAAAGAGAAGCUCAUAGCAGCAAACAUGGCCAAGAUGCCAAAGAUGAUCGAGGACUGGCGCCAAGCGAAGAAGGAGAGUAGAAAGAAGCUGAAGGAGGAGAAGGCUCGAAAGGCCAAGUUGCUGGCCGAGGCCAAAGAGCGCUUCGGUUCCGCCAUCGACCCGCGCAGCCCCAAGUUCCUGGAAAUGGUUGCGGAAAUAGAAAAGGAAGAGAAGAAGAAGAGGAAGCUUCUGAAACGUAGACUGAGAGAGGAGCAGGCAGCAGCUCCAGCAGCCGCUGAUGGAGCUGCUGCUCCAGCGUAGUCCAGGACUCACCAGCUGUCUGGACCCAACACCCCGGGUUCUGGUGGUUCUGGAAACUCCGGUUAAAAACGUUCAUUCGGCACCAGGUCAUGUGUUCACCUGUAAGUUCACCAAUUAAAGUGCAAACUGCA